GAUCACGCAGCGUUGAGAGUAAUUUUGUCUUCUUAUGACUCGUUAAAUUCCACGAGAGUGAAUAAUAUUUCUCGAUUCUCAUCUCGUAUGGAAAUUGUGGCUUGCAAAACAUUCCCGGGCAUUUGUGAUGGGGAAUUUUGGAGUGUGUCUUCUAUUUUUGAUUUAAAUUCCAGACUCGUGUGGCACUCAGGUGAAGUGAACACCUCUGGGCAGACACGCGUUUUCCGGGUGCCAUGGAGAAUAUGGGGAAGAAUCGCUUUCACAGAACACAGAGCAAGGUGUGGUGGACGAGUGAGCCACCGUCAAUUUAUGAUAUGCUGACGCAUCAGCAGCGCGCCAAUUUGUCGCCAAACACAUCGGAUGAACGCCACGGAAGCCCUCAGAGCCACAAGAGCCAAGAUUCGGGCUUCUCAGAUGCCGACACAUCGACUAGGAACUGCCUGGAGUCACCUGAGAAUUCCCCACGGAGCAAGUUGACGCCGAAGAAGGACGUAAAUUCGCAGAUUAACGAGCACAUCAACCUUUCGAGGACGCCCUCCUCCACGGAGAGUGAUAAGAAAACCCCGCCGACAGUGAUUCGGCGGAAUGUCGACUGCUCUGUCAGAAUGCCACCCAUGAGGCGCAUCUCCUUCUCAACGUCAGAGGAUGAGGGUGACAGCAUCAAGACGAGGAAGAAUUGUAGCCUCGUUAGGGGGAGAAUCGUUCAGAAGACACCCAGUCGCAAUCUCAUCGGAUAUCUCUCGCCUGUCACCAGAUCCCCUGGCGAUGAUAUGCUCCACAGUGCUCCUAGUCAAUCACCGAGGAAUUUCCCACCUGGAAGCACUUCCACGCCACAUAGCAGCCCCACCGACGCUCGCCAGCGUCCGCCUGAGAUGAAUGUGAGUCAGGAGAGCGCCCUGCUCAUGGGACACUCCCUAUCUGUGGAGCACUGGGUGGAGAACCUCCGCACGGAGUACUGCCACGAGGUUCUCUCCACACUCCAGAGCAAGUCCAUUGCAGCAGAAGUCACGAAAGCCAUGAAGAUGAAUGCCACACUCGCGGCUCGACUUAUUAGGCAUUUGCAAGCCAAAUCCGUGGAUCUGGAGAAGACUUUCAUUCAGGUGGAGACGCUCCUCAAUGGCGCCGGGAGUGAAGGUGAGAGUUUGCCACACGCCAUGGGAUUACUGGCAGACAACGUUACCGCCUUCGUUGAUUACCUGGAGCGGAAGGUGUCACAUGAGGUGAAGGACUUAAGCGAUUGCCUCGUGAAUAACCGUGACAUGGUGGCGGAUCUGCGAGGAGCCUUGCCAAAUAUCGAUGAUUUCGAAUUGGAAUCUCUGCUCGAGGAUAUUCAAUUGCUGAAGAGAUGCGUCCUCAUCACUGUGAGGAAGGUGUUCGAGGGACUGCUAAGGAUCAUCGUGGCGAGCAUUGAAGAUAGCAGGAAUGAUCUGAUUUUGAGGGCGAAUCUCUGGACGGUUUCCAUGCUGUCCAACUAUGAGUACAGAGGAUUUUCCUCUCUAAAUCCUGCCUUCGAGGCUUGCGACACUGUCCGAGUGCUGCUGCUGGUCGUCGUGGAGUCCGCUUUCCCAUCUAUCCGGGCUUUGGCUCUCAGAGCUUUGGCCAGUGUUUGCUCGACGGAAGUCACUAUUCGGCAAUUGGAACAGUCAGGGGGAGUGGAAAUCGUAGCGGAAGUCAUCGGUCAUCGCGACGUUAAGCGCACUGAGCCUGAACUCAGAGAAGCUGUGUCCGUCUUGGCACAGAUUACUGCUCCUUGGCAUGGAGACACCCACAAAUUGAGAGAUCUGCAAGAAUGUCUGGAGUUCCUGGUUGAGAAUAUUACUGAUCUCGCUUGCUGGACAAAAUGCUGCCAAACUCUGCUCCUCUGCACGGCGUGUCUGAAUAAUUUAUCUCGCCUAGAAGCCGCAUCUAUCUACUCUCUCAUGGCCCAUGAAUCAAUUGGGAGAGUUCGCAGAGCCAUCGAAAGUCGUGGACCAGCUGUUUCCAUCUUUUUACACGAGCAAAUGACGAGCGUUAUUCUAAAUAUGGUAGGGAGCAAGAAGUGCCAUUACCAUUUAUCGAAUCCUGCCAUUAUUAAUUUCCUCGGUCGCGUUUUUCACUCGCGCUUCUACACCAAAUUUCCAUCAAGAGCCGAAACCCUGGCUCAGCGACGGACUGUGAAGAACAUCCUACACACACUCUCCCAUCUCAUCAACGAAUCAAGUUUGGGCGUUGAAAUCUUGCGGAAGAAUGUGGUGCCCAUUUUUUCUGGUCUCCACAACACAAGCAGUGCCGGAGAUUUUGAGCGUGAUAUAUCAUUUCUCAGCCGGAAGCUGAACGAGAGUCUGGGCCAGAGGAACCAUCGCGAUGGGGGCGAGAAUUCGCCAGAGGAAGCCCCAUUAGUGCUGAAUUCAUCGACAGUGUAUCACUGUCGCAAAUACGAGAGCUUUGUAUAGUGAGACGUUUAGAAUAGUCUCUGUACAUAAACAUAUUUCAUUUAGAUGGAAAUAAAAUGCUAUUG